AAAACACAAAUAUCUAGUAUAGGACACUAUGGCUCGGUCCGUUGAGACGCUGGUUGUUGGCGGAGUGAUCGGAGAUGUGCUCGACAUGUUCACUCCGGCAUCGGAGUUCAACGUCCAGUAUGGCAGCAAGCAAGUAACCAAUGGCUGUAACAUCAAGCCAUCUGCUGCUGCUGACAAACCUCAUGUCCAAAUCCUUUGCCAUUCAAUCUCUUCGAAUUUAUACACACUCGUUAUGGUUGAUCCUGAUGCUCCAAGUCCGAGUGAACCACGGUUGAGGGAGUGGCUCCAUUGGAUUGUAGUAGAUAUUCCUGAGGGACAUGAUGCUACCAAAGGACGAGAGUUGGUGGCUUACGUGGGACCACAACCUCCUACAGGGAUUCACCGCUAUAUUUUGGCACUCUUUAAGCAGGAAGGAGCAAUGGAAGGAAGGAUUCAGGCGACGGAUGUGCGUGCCAAUUUCAGCACUCGCCGAUUCGCUGAACGAAACAGGCUGGGGCUUCCCGUUGCUGCAGUGUAUUUCAAUUCGCAGAAGGAACCGGCCGUGAAGAAACGUUAGCUCAUAGCUUAGGUGAUACAUUAUUUUAAGGGAUACCAUGAAUUACUAUUACAAGUCCGACACGCUUGCAACUACAGCAUAACUUCUUGGUUUUGAACUGGAAAACCAAUCCGUCACCUCAACACAGGGACAGGGGCGAUGAUAAAAUACGGGAAACAA